UUCCCACCCAUUCUUUCUUCAAAUGAUGACAUUGUCUCUCUACUUCUCUCACUCCCUCUCUACCCUCUUCGAGUCUUCUCUCCUCGCAUCCUUCCGUUUUCGCUGACCUCCGAUCCCGUCUCUUAUCCCUCUUCCUCGUUCCUAUAAAUGCCCCGUUCUCCUCCUUCCUUCUCCAACGCUUCCUUCGCCCUUUAAAACCUCUUCCCAUGUCCCUUUUCCAGGAUUUCUGGUCGUUGCUCCAGCUUGAGCGUCCUUUAGGAAAAUCAGGUCAAUUGUUUUGAAAGGGAUUCUAAAUCUCUGUACUCGUUUUUCUGCCAAAAAAGGAUCGCUGUUCCAGUACUUGUAUGAAACCAUGACCAACUCGCGCUGCGAAGGGAGCGACUUCGAGCUCUGCCGAGACGACUCUGCCGCAUUCGUCCUCAAGUUUGUGGCGAUCGCGUCCAUACUCAUCGCGGGAAUGACAGGAGUAGCCUUACCUCUUUUCGGGAAACAUCGGUGUAAUCUCCGCACAGACGGCAGCCUCUUCGUUGCCGCCAAGGCUUUCGCGGCAGGAGUGAUUCUGGCCACCGGCUUUGUCCACAUGUUACCGGACUCGUCGGAGGCCCUGUCAAAUCCCUGUUUGCCCCAGUAUCCAUGGUCCAAGUUCCCCUUUACCGGUUUCUUCGCCAUGAUCUCAGCCCUCUUAACACUCUUGGUUGAUUUCGUGGGAACCCAAUAUUAUGAACGGAAACAGGGAAUGGCGCGGGACGCCGAAAUCCGAGGAAGGGUCGGGACGUCAGAGUCGGGCAUGGAAUCGGGAAUCGUGCCCGUUGUGGAGGUUAGGGACUUGAGUGGGACAGUGUUUGGGGAAGAGGAAGGCGGCGGAAUGCACAUAGUGGGGAUGCAUGCUCACGCAGCGCACCAUAGGCACAACCACCCACAAGGCCACGACUCUUGUCGUGGUGGCGUUAAGGAACAGUCCCACGUCUCAGGACAGAGCUAUGGCCACUCGCACGAAUUCGGAGACGAUGAGGAUGAAGACGGUGUACGCCAUGUUGUCGUUUCACAGGUGUUGGAGCUUGGGAUUGUAUCACAUUCAGUGAUAAUCGGGCUCUCUCUGGGAGUGUCGCAGAGCCCUUGUACCAUAAGGCCGCUGAUUGCAGCCCUAUCAUUUCAUCAAUUCUUUGAAGGAUUCGCACUUGGAGGCUGUAUCUCCCAAGCUCAAUUUAAGACCUCAUCAGCGACCAUAAUGGCCUGCUUCUUUGCCCUGACAACGCCGUUGGGUAUCGGAAUAGGCACGGCGAUUUCUUCAGGAUAUAACCCAUACAGUUCGGGAGCACUCAUAACCGAAGGCAUAUUGGACGCUUUGUCAGCUGGGAUUUUAGUGUAUAUGGCUUUAGUGGACCUGAUAGCUGCUGAUUUUCUGAGCAAGAGAAUGAGCUGUAACUUUAGGCUGCAGAUAGCUUCAUAUUGCAUGCUUUUUCUCGGGGCUGGAUUGAUGUCUGCGCUUGCAAUCUGGGCUUGAUUCCUUUUCAUUUCUAAGAUUUCAGAGCACAGUAUUUUGCUAUUCUAUAACAGAGAGAGGGAGAUGAAUAACGUGAAGAUUGGAGGGAGACGAGUAUGAGAUAUCCGCAGUAGUCCCCAUCUAAUUUACACAUAGCAAGCGAGGAAAAAGGGGGCCAACACACAGGGUCGUUCGUCGUCAAUGCCUGUCUUCCAACAUGCCCUCUUCCCUCAAAACGUGCAGCAACUAGUUAACAAGAGAAAGGAUGCCAAGGGAUGGGAUGAUGGUCUCUGUUCGUCAAAAGAAUUAGUUUAUUUUUAAUGUCCUUGUUGAUACCCCAUGAUUCUUUAAUGGAAAUUUGAAAUGUGGCAAGGGAAAAUGUUGAGCAAAUGAUAAUUAUGUCUAUCUAAAAAUUAACACUCUAUUUGGGUGGUUGGAGGGGAGGGAUAAAAUUUUCCCUCCCAUCCGUAUUACUAAACAAGGGGAAGGGUAAAAUUUGGUUGGUUUUAUUAUUUUUCUAUGUAAAUUUCAUGUGUACGGUUUUCUUUUUGAAGUAACAUUAUAGCUCAUAAUUUCACUCGAAAAUGAGGGGAAGGCAGUUCCUCCCUUUUCCUUGUCC